AUGGAUCCAUCAUUGAUUUCAAACUCUGUACCGAACCAAUGGGUUGUUGAAACUACUAAAAUCUUGGAUCAUCAGAUCGAUAUCAAUCGUGAAAUUCCUUCUGUUUCAGUAUUUCAUUUACCUGAAUCCAUAACAACAACAAAACCUGAAGCCUAUGAACCACAACAGAUAGGGCUGGGUCCAAUUCAUCAUUUUCGGUCAGGGCCUUACAGAAAUAUGCAGCAGCAUAAACUUGUUGUCGCGAGAAAAGACUUGCAGGAAAUCACAAAGGAGGAAGAUGGUAAAAUCAUUGUCAUUAAUAAAGCUCAAGAACUUCUCCCAAUCGUUCGAGAACUUGUCCCAAUUGUUCGAUCAUGCUAUAACAUCUUUCUAAAAGAUGAUGAUGAGUCUUUGGCCAUGAUUUUUGCCAUUGAUGGUCUCUUCUUGCUUAAUCUAUUCCAAACUUAUAAUAUUGGAAUGGGCGAAAAAGAAGCAUAUCUUUUGUUGUUAAAGGAGAAAGCACGUGAAUUUAAGCGUCAGCUCAUUGAGGAUGACCCGGAGUCUUUAACGUAUCUUCCUGAUCUUCUACGUGAAGAAGAAUUUGUUGUGACUUCAAAGAAUCAAAUAGAGUUUGAAAGAUACUUACAUCUUUCACAUCAGCAAUUCCAACAACCCAAAUUUGGUACAAGAAGAAGAACCCUUGUACAAGAUAUAAUGAUGGCGUCAAAUCAAAUUCCUUUCAUAGUAUUGAAGGAAAUCAAAGAGGGAUUGCAUCCCUCAUCAGGUAGCUUUUCACCUUCCGAAUUUCGUAUUUUUUGUAAAAUACAUUCACCACUUAAGUUGUGCUCAAAGUCACAAGCCCCAAAAGAUGAUGUAAACCAUGUGCUCCAAUAUCUCUAUGAUUCAAUAGUAAACAACUACACUCCCAUUGAAGAUACUGCGGACCUUCACAAAGAGGAAUCUCAAAAACCAGAUUCCUCUUAUGCAGGUCCGCACACCAGGAUGGGUUUGGGUGAUCUUAUCAACCCAAUUAAUUUCAUUUCAAAAGUUCCAACAGAAGAAAUUGUUCAAUUAUAUGAAAAAUCUGUGUCGGUUUUAGAAUCUUUCAGCCAAAGUGAAACUCUACUCGUUCCUACGGCUUCAAAACUUCAUGAUAAAGCCGGAUUCAUGUUUCAUGCCUUACUAAAACAUCAAGGCAUUCAAAAUAUAUACAACAAAGGUAACGAUAUCUACCUGCCUUGUAUUUCCUUAAACAAUGACUCCGAAGUCAUAUUAAGAAAUUUGGUUGCUUACGAAACACUAACAGCCAACACCGAUAAGUUUCUACUUAACGAAUACAUGGGCUUGAUGUGUGCCCUUAUCGUGAAUGUGGACGACGUCCAGUUGCUCAAAGAUCAGAAGGUUAUCGAUGGUGAAAUGGGUAACGACGAAGUUGCCAAACUCUUUAUUGAAAUGAGUACUUGUAUUCAACCCAUUACGACGAAAGAAAAAUCCAACUUACUGCAAAAAAUGAUUGAUGAAGUUAAUACAGUGUAUAAUAAUAGGUUGGAGAUGAAGAUGUAUUUACUAUUGAGGAAGUUAGCAGGUUGGUUACUAGUAGGUUUGAAGUCUAUUGGAAAGUUUGUUGAACAUUCUUGGAAAAUUGUAGCCUUCAUGAUUGGCAUUGUGGCAGUGUUCGUCUUAACAUACAAAGCGUAUUGUGAUGUUUAUGAAUGCCAUUAA